CGCUCCCCAGAAAGUCAAGACAACAACAGCCGCAAUGUCGAGCAGGCAGUGGCUCUCGUCGGCCAUGCGCCAAUGCAAGUCGCAACAACCACGCGCCUUCUCGACCGCAGUUCCCGUCGCCGCAGGCCUUCGCAGCAUUUUUGGCCCCAAGAACAACGAAUUUCAUGGCCUGCUCAAGGAGGGCUUUGAGCGGGGAAACCCCCUCUCGGAAGCAGAACAGCGCCAGAUCAUGGACCAGCAGGCCCCGCGCGCGAGCAUCCAGGACCUGCGGGGCCGGGAGGUGACCGAGGCCUACGUGCGCCAGAUGCCGCGGCGGUGGCGGACAGGCGAGGUGUACGCGCCCAAGGACCUGAGCCCGGUCGAGAUGAAGAAGUUCCGGCAGGGCAAGCGGCCGAACAAGGACGUGGUCGACAUGUUUGGGUUCAACCCCCUGGAUAAUUACAGGAAUUUCUCCCUCAUCUCCGAAUUCAUGACGUCGAUGGGUCGGAUCAAGCACUCGAGCGAGACCGGGCUGCGGCCCGUCAAUCAGCGCAAGAUGGCCAAGGCCAUACGGCGAGCCAUCGGGAUGGGCCUGCACCCCAGCGUGCACAAGCAUCCCGAGAUUCUGCGCCGCGGCCGCCACGGCCUGCCUACCUCUGCCAUCCCGACGCCAACAGAAGCGAGGCAGAACGUGCUAUAGAGCGGUGGGGUUGAGGUUGAGGCGAGUUCUUGGAAGGAUAUGCCGCUUGUUGCUAAAUUUUCUCGAGUGUACAAAACCAAAAACCAGACCUUAUAGUCUUGUAUCUGUACGAUAUCGGACAGCCAUGCAAUGAGUCCCUGCGGAUGUAUAGAGGUUCUUGUACAUGUACACAUUUUACAUUGCCACCUAGCAUGAUACAACAUUUGUCAACCGCUGCAACACACGGAUUUUA